CAACUGGAUUCAAGUUCAACGAGCAGUUUGCAUGAUCAGCAACAAUAAUGCAGUGGCGGAAGUGUUCUCUCGCAUAGACCACAAGUUUGAUCUCAUGUACUCCAAAAGAGCAUUUGUCCAUUGGUAUGUAGGUGAAGGCAUGGAAGAAGGAGAGUUCUCUGAGGCCCGUGAGGAUCUUGCUGCUCUUGAGAAAGAUUAUGAGGAAGUUGGUGCACAAGGAGCAGAGAAUGACGACGAAGAAGGCGAUGAGUAUUAGAAAGACACAAGAGUGGUUUUCCAUUGUUUCUUUCUUGUGACGUACAGCAACUAUGUCUAUGUGAAUGUGAUCUCUACAGUUAUUUUGUGGAAAACAAAAAAAAAAAGUCAAAUUAAGCAGCUUAAUUACGGAGAGGUCACUUUUUGUAGAGACUCCAACAUUCUAUAUUGUUACUUGGAGAAAGCUGUACAACAAUGCCAUCCUAGUAUUAGACGCUUAGAGAUUCAAGGCUAUUUGGACGUUAUCCUGCUGUUGAAUAAAGUACUAUAUCAAUU